CUUUUACGCUUCAUGCUCUACUCUUUCCUUGUUUCGCUCUUUUGAAUUUUUCCCUUGUGAAAAUUUUCGCCCAAUUUAUCUUCCCAAAUCAGUGAAGGAGAUAAGCAGAAUAAUCUGCACUUUGGAAUGUAAAGUAUGCAGAACCUUUUAAAUGGGAAGAAGUGUUACGUAGGCUCAAAUGAGUGACACAUUUUUUUGUGUUGGGAAGGAAAAAAAAAAAAAAUCCAAUUUUGAAUUCAUCAAAAGAUUGCGAAUGUGUGUAUAUAACAUUUUCACGUCUUCGAAGGAGCGACAAUUGCGCGUGUAAGCUGUCGUAUCGUGGCUGCGCAAAAGAAUAAAUGGAAGGGGAAAAUCCCCGUGGGGGGAUAACAGUACGAGCGUGAAUACGCGUAUGCAUAUGUUGUGUAUGCAUAUAACGUGCGUAGCACCAGUUAAGGGGCAACCCAGUCGCUUGCUUCUCCACCCAGCUGUGCAGCUUGGAGAACCCCAUCCUGAGCAGUUACGCAGUUUUGUUCACGACAAUUCGUCAGCGAUUGAUUAAAAGGUAAAAGGAAUAGUUACCCCCCUGAUAGAAAUGUAACAGAUUUGCACACACCCCUCUUCGCGAAAAAUGGAGUACAACAAAUAUUACGAAAAAAAAAAAAUGGAGAAAUUUCUAUGCUUCAAACACACGUAUGAAUACAAUGAGGACGAUAGAAAAAACUUCGGAAUAGAAUACCUAAACCCCGAAUUUCUACAUGACGAAUUGACAAGAUUAAACAUUUUCACCAUCAUAAAAAAUGAAAUAAUAAACGUACUGUCGGUUAUUAAAAAGCAUGAGUAUAAUAAAAAUUUAGACUCCAGCAUCGUAGACGCACUGUUCAUCCUGUACAACAGCAUCAGCAAUUUGACCAACAGCUUGAAGGAAGAAAUAGACAUACACGAAUUUAAUAAUAAGCUAGAUAUAUAUCAUAUAGCCCCCUUUUUAAACAUUAUAAGAAAUAAUAACAUUUUUUACAAAAUAAAAUUGAACGCUUUACAUUCCUUGGACCACAUAUUAAAGUAUAACAGUGGCUAUUUCAAUGAAAAGACGUAUGAUGAAAAUAUUUCCCAAAAACAGGAGUCGUACAUCUCCAUCGACAACGAUCACGAUGUGAGGAAUAAUCAGAAUGGGCAUUUAAAUAAGAAGGCACUAAACGAUGCACACGAAAAUGGUCAUCUCAAAGUGGGUGAAGAAAAGCAUGAUGAUGGCGAGGUGCUGUCAUCCAAGAUGAGUGAAAAAAUCCCGAAGAAAAAAAAAUAUCAUUUUUUUUCAAAAAAUUAUAAGUUAACCAAAAAAUUUCCUCAUAAGAAGGAAGAAAACCCCGAUUUUUUAAUUAACAAAGGGAAUAACAUCAUUAACGUGAGCAUAGAAACGUUACUGUGUGCACCUAUCAACUACAACAAUAUUAACCAUGAAGAAAUUAUACUCUACGACACCAUCAUUUUGUUUAAUAAUAUACUGUGUAAUGCCAUCAAAGUUGUUGAUAGGAAAAAUAUUAUAAAAAUCAUUUGCUACAUUUUUAAAAUAUACAAGAAUAAUAAGUAUUCCCUGUUGUUUAAGGGCAAUUGUGAAUCCAUCUUGAAAAACAUUUUCUACAUUGUAAUGAAUAAUCUGACUAGUAGCGCGGGCAGCGCCAGUAUGAGCAGCGUCAUCAGCGCUGCUGCCAACGCACCGAGCAACGUCAGCACGAAUGAGCCUAGCGAUAGGUACGCAAACCAUGCUAGCAGUGCUUGCAUAAACCAAUCGAGCAACGCGUGUGCAAACCAAUCCAGCAACGCCUGCGCGAAUGCCGCGGGCCUCCCAGAUGACGACUUCAUACACGAUUUGUUAACCAUCAUUCUGAUACUAAUGAAUAGCAACAAAAAUAAGUUCGUCGAGGAUUUGUUAAAAACGAAGGAGUGCAUUGCCCUGUAUAAUGACUUGUUUGAAAAUGAAAUUUCGAACGACAAUAUGGAGUGCAUUAAUGUGCUCUCCUUCAGAUUGCUGAACAUUCUUCUGGAAACUUGCGGAUACGCCCUGAUAAACAAAAACUUUGACGCUCUGUCCCACAUAAUAAGGAGCCUAUUUCUGCACAUCACCUCAUCGUCCUAUAUCCUCAUGUGCAGGUCCAUGAGGACCUAUAUAAACAUUUUUAUCCUUUAUAAGAAACACUUUUGCAUUUACAACGAAGUGUUUAUUAAUAUAUUAUUAAGCAUACUGAAGAAGAGCUCUUCCAAAAAUGUUACAGAAACUGCCUUGCUAACUUUGUCCUAUUUUUGUCUUGAAAAUGUCCUUUUUGAAAUAUAUUACAACCAUGAUGUUAAUUUGUACGCAUCUGACCUGCUGGAAAAUUUCAUAAAAGCCGUACUCGAUUUGUGCAUAAAUUUUAUUCACAAUACGACCAUUAUAAAUGAAGUCAUUUUUAAGAUGGUAAAGAACAUCUUGCACAUAAUAAUCCCCUGCUUGGGAACUUGUGCCACCUCCUCAGCUGUGAGCAGCAACAGAAGUGGCAGCAACGUAUUGAACGAUCCGAACAGUCGAAUGGGCGAUAUAGGCGGAUACACAAAUCAGCUCAUAAGUGAAUUCAGAAACGAUUUAUACGCAGAUAUUUUUGGCUAUGUUAUCCAUUCUGGGAAAAUCGAGUUGCUGAGAGGCACAUCUGGAAGUAGAAACUGGAGGGAGAAGUUUCACGAGAAGAGAAAAAUACAAAAAAAAAAAAAAAAACAUCUACUGAAGGAUGAAAGUGGGGGCAAUAAAAGCUCAACCGCGUUAGACUCCUCCAACGAAUCCUCCAAGGGGAAAAAAAAAAAAGAUGAAGUGAUUCAGCCAAAUGAUGGUAAAAAAAAUCCCGCUAAGCAUGGAGAAGGCACCGAAAAUGCUCCAGAAAAACAGGAACCAAAAAAAAGCAACAUGAAUGAACUGUACUCCCUCAACUUUCUCACAUCAAGUAAGGACAAAAGGUAUGUCCUCCUUUGCUCCAUUUUGCUUUUCGAACAUGUUAAGGAGUCUAUAAAAGUGGACUACAUCAAAAAUAAGGAACAUUUGAUGAGGAAAAAAAAAAUAAGAAAAGAAAUUUUAAAAAAAUCGGCAACCAUUUUUAACACACUAAAAAAUAAAUCCAUCGAUGAGUUAAUCAAAAUGAAAAUGAUCCAAACGGUGGACACCCUCAGUCAAGUGGAUAGAAAUGAUUCUAUUCUCGAUUCGCUAAUGGCAGAUAAACAUGAACAGCUCAUUGUUCAUUCGAACCAGUCUUAUGAUGAGAAGUCCCAUGCCUCCAGGGAGAUGGACGCAGACAAGUUUAACAGUGAUAAAGCUCAUGGAAAGCCGCAUUUGGCUGCUUCCAAAAAUAGUGACGAUGGCGCAAGCCCCAAAUCGCAUAACCCCAGUGAUGUGAGAAGUGCCGAGAAGGGACCCAACUCUGGUCGCAGCAACGUCCAUUCUGCAAUAGACCAAUUCAAUGGUGACUUAAUAAAAGAUGCAGCGGAACAGUUUGUUGAAGACCAUACCGGUGAGGCACCACUAGGCAGCAGUUGUCCCAGUGGAGGGAGGGAUAACAGCAACGUAAGGGACGAGAAGAGGGAGACCCACUCCCAUGUCGAAUUGUCAGGAGGCGAAAAUGCAAACGUAAGUACGCGCGGAGGGGCGGGCUAUGACGCCAACGCGGGGGAAACCCAAACGGCGGAGGUGCAUUCGGAUGACGUGCACCCCAGAAAUGGAGAAAACGGUGUAGAGGCAGAAAGCGGGAAGCAGAGAAGGCCCAGCGAUGCGAACAGGGCGGACGUUGCCCACACGGAGAACAGCGGCUCACAAAGUGUCACGAAACGAAACAGCGUUGUUAGUAUCGCUCAAAGGAACCUGAUGGAGGAUCCACACUUUUUGAAGUCCAUCGCGAAGUUUCUGAGGUAUAACCCCUUUCUAGACAAAGAAUUUGUGGGGGAAUACAUUUCGCACAGAAAAAAUAUAAACAUUUUGAAGAGCUACGUGCGACUGUUUGAUUUUUGCAACUUGUCGCUACUCUCCUCGUUGAGACUGUUCUUGCACUGUUUCAAGUUACCAGGGGAAGCGCAGCUAAUCGAGAGGAUAUUAGAACAUUUCAGCUUGUGUUUUUUUUAUUCCAAUCCGAUUUGUGGAGACUUAGAUAGGGUUUACCGCCAAGAGGGUGACAAAGUGGACUGCUUACUGAAGGAUGAGGAGCUGGCCAACACGAAGAGGUACAUCUUGAUAGAUUUCCUGAAUGAUAGUUCGCACGAAGGGGUGGGCAACAGCAACCGUAGUAAUAACCAACCAGGUGAGAGCGGCGAACUGAAGGAGACAGAUGGAGACGCACCGCGCGAGCGUAAAAGAGGCAGCCCCGAAAAGAAGAAGAAAAAAAAAAAAAACACCUCGAAACGUAGCAAUGUGCAGGAAAAAAUUAAUCUAAAAAAAGACGUCGACAUGCAUGAUUACAUCCACAGAAAUGUGCACUCCAUUUCGAAGAAAAUACAACUGAUGAGCGAAGAGGAAGUGCAGAAGAAGUACGUGAUUGUAGAAAACAGCGACGUUAUUUUCAUAUUAACCUAUUCGAUCAUUAUGUUAAACACAGAUUUGCACAACAACCAGGUGAAGAACAAAAUGAAAUUGGAAGAGUUUAUUAAAAACAACAGGGGAAUAAAUAACGGCAAAAAUGUAGAUAGAAUAUAUUUGGAAAAUCUCUACAACUGCAUACUGCAUGAAGAAAUUAAGCUGUUCUCCAAUACGCAGAGCUCCUACACAAAUGAUAAUCAGUACUGGAAGUUGCUCGAAAAAAGGAAAGAGCAGUACAAAAACUAUCAUUCAUUUAAGGCAAAGGAGGUAUACUUCUACAAAUUUGACAUUAACAAAUUGUUAAUUAAGAAUAAUUUCAUUCCGAUUUUUUUCGAAAUUUUCAAACGUACCAGUGAUUACAACUUGACAGAAAAUUGCCUGAGCAUAUUCAAAAUGGCCAUAACAAAUUUUGCCUACUACCAUGAUGUAGAAAAUAUAAAUAAGCUCUGUUAUAUAUUUAGAUACAUCAAUUUUUAUUUGACGCAAAAAUCGCAGUCUUUACUGUACCUCUUAUUUCAUCUCAUCAAAAGGUGCCACAAUUUAUUUCGAGACGGGUGGGUAAUAUACAUAAAUGUUCUCUGCAAAUUAAUUACCAUAGAUUUAGUCCCCAUUUUCUUUUACCCCCACAUGUAUAUAAACAAUACCCAAUUUAAUAACGACAAGGAUUUCCUCCACAGAAUGUACAAAAAGGGAAACUGCGUGGAGACGUAUAAUAUCAACAAAAGCAUAACAGAAAUUUAUCAGCACCCAUUUUUGAUAUUCAAAAAAAAUAUUAAAAAAAUGAACAAGUCAAAAUGGAUUGACGAAUUUAGCAGUAUGUUCUUCUCCAGACAUAGCAAUAAUGAAAAUUCCAAUUUGUCCAUCAUAUUUAGGGAAAGCUAUUCUGAGAAACUCGAUGAAGAUAAAAAGAAAAAGAAAAAAAAAGACAAAACGCAGGAACAUGCACAUAGGGAAAAAAGCAUAUCUACAAUUAGUGCAGAAAUGAAGCAGAUGGAUGAAGAAAACGAAGACGAUGAUGAUGAACAUAAUGAUGAUGAGGAGGAAGAAGAGGAUAAUGAUGAAGAUAACCUCAACCACAUCUAUGUGCAUAUUAAAGUGGAUCCCAAAAAUGUCGAUAACAGCUCCAUCAUAGACAAUGUCACAAUUUAUAAAAGAUUAAAAUUAGAUAUUUACAACUUUUUCACCAUAAACGAUUUUUACAACAAUAUGAUUACCAAUUUGAACAUCACCAGUUUUGUGUAUUUGAUCAAAAUUUUGAUGAUCAAAUGUUCAGUUACCAAGCACAGUGAACAGCACUACGCCAACCAGGGAAGCAGAACCGAUCUGCAUAACUCAAGCCUAAAAAUGCAAAUUAUGGCCAACCACAACUAUAUGACAAAUGAUAAAAGCGCCGGAAUUCAUAACGCCCAAGAAAGUAUUAAUGACUCCAACCCAGUUUUAAUAAACGCGGAUAACUCCUUCGAUUUGUUUUACAACACGAAGGAGAAACUGCUCACCUCACAAAUGCUCUUUCACAUUAUGUAUUUUAAAAUUAACUACACCUAUGUGUUGUACAGCAUGAUAUGCAGAAUGGGCAGGAGGACCGCUACAAAGAUAUUCAAAGAGGGGGCGGCUCAACAGAAGUGUGGAAAAAUGAGCUCUCCAAUAAAUUUACCUGUGGAGGAAUCUCUAAGGGGACACACCCAUAGGAGCGCGGCAAAGAACGAGGAUGAUGAAAAAAAAAAAAAAAAUCGGUAUGACCUCACUUUGAAUAAUAUCUACGACACGGACAAUUCGACGAACGUCACGUCCAGCGACUCAGAAUUCAGCGACAUAUCUAGCGACUCCUUUUUUAUAAGAAAGAAUGACCUAACUGCUGAAGAAAGUGGCACCCACGGAGAUGGGGCUGAGCAGCUGAAGGGGGACUCCCAAGAAGAACGGGGCGAGCCGCGCAAACACAAGGACGAAUUUGAUAAGAUUUACUCCUACGCCGUUGAUGACGAUGGCGGCAGUGAGGACGCCUGUGAGGAUGCCUGUGACGAGGCCAGCUCGGGCGACAGCAGCGAUUCGAGUUGCGACGAGCGUAACAACGUCCAAGCGGAUUGCGAACCCCACACCGCGAAAAUGCACACCGCAAAUCCGCACACCGCGAACACCCACAGCGCGAGCGAAAUGCUGCUCGAGGGCCCCAACCCGAGGAGCAACCCAAGCAAGGGCAGCCUAACGGAUAAGGGAAAGGGGCUCCUGAUGGACAAAAUUAAGAUAAACCUGUACACAAAAACGUACAUUAUGCACCUAAAAAUUACCGUAAUGACCAGCAUCUUUGUGAGCAUUUAUAACAGCAUUUUUAAGGACUACCAAAUGGAAGACAUAAAAUUUGUGGCGGAAGAGGACAUCGCAAAUGAUCUCAAUUUGUCCUACCAAAUUUACGAGGAGAAUUUCGAAAAUAUCGACAAAAAGUUGCAUUACAAGGAGGAAAAGGUAGCCAUAAAUGAUAUAGAAAAGAACAUAUUUCUUAUAAAAAUUCCCAAGACGGAUGCGGAAGAGGACUGGCUAUUCAUUGAGCAACUCAUCAUGAGCAUCAUCAAUUUUUCGUACAUCUGUUUUAGUAUAUACAAAGACGACAAGCAGAAGAUGAGCAAAAGGGGAGCAAGCAAAUCGAGCAGUGUGCACAUCUUCGCAGAUAGUAACUACGCACAGCUUAGGGAAAAGAACAGCAAAUUUUUUUUCCUCUGUGGCAUAUACCUCAUGUACAUUUUACAGUUCCUGAAGAAGAAUAUUCUCUACCGAUUCAUCGACAAAAUAAUUUACAUGCUGGAGAAAAUCUCUAAAAACGUUUAUGUAAACAGCUGCAUCAUUAACAUCUACCUGCACAUGUUGCAGCUCAUCACGCCCAACAAUAUUCUGUACAAAAAUACCAACAACACAAACAUUUCGUUGAAUGAUAAAGAUAUUUACAUUUACAUUGAAAAGGCAACCAUCUACACGGAAAGUAUUAACAACAUUAUUAACAAUAAUAAUGUGCUGCUAAAAUUGAACAAUUUUAAUAUCGAAAAUAUUAUUCUCUCCCUUCUCCCCUAUUUGCUAUAUUUUAAUAACAAGAAGGAAGAAAUUAAUGCACAUAUCGCCUCUAUCAAUUCAGAGUGCCUGCACAUUAUUUCGAACAUAUAUUAUAAAAGUACUUACAUGUAUAUGAACAACUCGAAGAGAACAAACAAGGGGGAGGAAACAGAGGGAUCUUGCCAAAAUGAAAACUACAACUCCAGUUUGUGCAAAAAGUACAAGGACAAUAUCGCUUUUGAAAACAUCAUCGAGUUGAAAAAAAUGUACAUUUUUCUGCUCAUAUGUUUUGUUCUGUCUCUGGCCUGCUCCUUCAGCUCCAAGAGAACCAGAAGUGAAGCCUACAUAAAGCUGCAGCAGUUUCUGUUUAAUGAGAAUUAUAUUUUUAAAAAGGUGAAAAGGCCCAGUGGGGACAAUUCGGCGAGUGGCACCAACAACAAAAGCGAGAAAAAUUCCAAACAGGACAAGUACGUAUAUAGGGAUGAAAAGCUGAUAGACUUGAUAAGCAACUUUAUCAUCCUGCCCCUCAUCACGUACAACUACUACUUCCCCUUUAUAUGCAAAAGUGCGCAUGGGGGGGAGUCGGUCGAAAAGGGGGGUAGAAGUGGACCGAAAAGUGGAGCCAGCAGUGGAGCGAAGAGUGAAUCGAACGGCGAAUCGAACGGUGAAGCCAACCGCGAACCGAACGGCGAAUCGAGCGAAUCCCAGCGUGGCCAGCAGGAGCAGCGAAACGCAGCUGCGCACGCGAAGAGCAACUACUGCAAGGAAGCCCUGCUCAACUUCAACCUGCACAACAAAAGGAACAACGACAUUUCGGACAAAAUGUGGAAGCAAAACGAAUACGAAAACUGCGGCUGCAUUGUUAAUUACAAAAAUAUAGAGACGGUGGAUCAAGACCUAAACGUGCUAACCAAUUUGUUCAACUAUGCCAAUGAUUAUUAUAUACACACCAUGCUGCAUAAGCAGUAUAAUUACUACUUCAGCUACUUGUACGCCAAGAAAAUGCUAAGCUACGACAACGUCUGCUACAGGAAAAGCAUGAGCAUAAGCUUCGUGAGCCACAUCAUUUUGUCCUUCCUGCAUUCGCUCCUGAAUUUCGCGGGGGAUGGGUGCGAGCACAGCGAUGAAGGAAAGAAGGGACUCCAUAACGACCAUUGCCAACCCAGUGAAGGCCAAAACGACUCUGCUUCACCGAAUGAUUGCAAAGAACCGAAUGACGUCAACCUGUAUGAUUUGCUCUGCCUAAAUCACGACAAGUCGUGCAAUAAAAUUGUCACCAAAACGGCAUGUGAAAAUAAUUGCAUCUUCUACUUUUUGAAGCAUUUCUACCACGCGCUGCUAACGAUUAAGGAAGAGGCGAAGAAAAUUUUAAAUAUUUACAAAGAGACCUUUAUCGAGAAUAUUAAAAAUAUUAUCUACGUCUCAUCGUCCUAUGCGUUCUGCUUGAAGGACCAUCAUGUCAACUGCUUUAGGCAUAUAAAAAAUGGCUAUUCUUUCCUAAAUGAGGAGGAGAAGAAGCUCUUAAAACCGUACAAUCUGGAAGCUGCAGAAAAGGCGGAAAACCUACCCGAGUGCGACCAGGAAGUUUUUAAAAACAUAUCCAAAUUGCAAGUCAACGUGAGGAUUAGCAUCGUCAUCGUUUACUACAUACUAUACACAGAUAACAACCAAAAUGAGCAAUUUAAAAAUAUCUUCGAAGAGUUACUAAAUGUGUUGUUGACCAAAUAUAGCGUUAAGUCAGAGGCACCAGACGGCGGUGCGGAUCCCAGCGCGAAAGAGAAAACGGCAGGUGAUCAAACGGAUCAGCAGCCGGAGAAUUUACCCAAUGGCCCUGAGAAGAGCGAAGAAAAUGCGGGCACGGCGGAGCCAGAUAAAAAGGAGGAACCGUCUGACCAAAGGCCCGAAAAGGGCAACGGUGACGCAAACCUGCAGGAAAAUCAACAGGCAAACCAACAGACAACCCCACAGACAAACCUACAGACGAGCGAACAAAAUGAGGAGGCCAAAAAGUAA